AUGGUGGGAGUUCCGCACAGUACAGGCUGUGCCCUGUGUCGCGAGCGACGAAUCAAGUGUGACGAGGUGGUCCCAGAGUGUAGCCAAUGCCAAAAAUAUGGUCGUGCCUGUCCGGGGUAUAGGAGAACCUUUCGCUUUCAAGACGAAGGACCCAACCUCGCCCGGCGACAUCGCUCCAAUGCGCGGCGAGGGGGGAGAGACACAUUGGCAGGCCCACCCGCAUCGGCUACGUCUUCAACCCCAACUGACCGGUCGCCCCCGGCACACGAUGAGUCUGCUGCCGCUGCAGAUGUAGUGCGCAGCAAUGCGAUUGCCCUCAUGCGGCGACACUCCUCCUUGCGUGGCUGGGAUGAGAAAGUGUCGCCGUCGCUGGUGCGCCAGUCCUUCCGUGCCGCACAGCCACAAUUAUUUCUCAAUUUCAUCAGCACGUCAUUUCCAACGCUCUAUUAUCAUAAUCGGUUCCGGUCUGGCGGUGCGCCCGGGUUCGCCGAAUACAUCGUGAUGAAUUUUGGCAAAGAUGCUUACCUCGACUCCGCAGUUUGCUCCUUGAGCUCGGUCUACUUAGCACACUUGACGCAAGAUCAAGCUCUUCUCAAGGCAAGUCGACAAAUGUACUCCAAGUCGUUGGGGGCGGUCAUCAAGGCCAUCCCUCAAGCCGACCAUGCCAAAUCCGACAACAUGCUCUGCACCACCAUCAUCCUCAGUGUCUUCGAGAUGUACGCGCAGACCACGCCCGAUGCCUGGGUUGUGCAUUCCGAUGGCGCCAAGCGAUUGAUGAUAAGCCGAGGCCCAGAAGCGCACGAGUCCGGGUUCGGAAGAUACUGUUGGAUUGCGUUCCGCGGCUUCUUCAUUGCUACAUCAGUCUACGAAGGCAAACCCUGCUUCCUAGACCAAGAGGAUUGGCAAUCCUACGCGAUGAAAGUGAGGACCGAAGACGGCCAGAAGUCCGGCGAGUGGUCUAUAUACGGAGAAAUAUCCGAUCUUGCUUUCAUGGAAAUCGCCAAAUGCCCACGGUAUAUCAGCGAUACCCGCGAUCUCCUUUCCGUCUCGACCGAGCCGGACCCAAACGCUAUCACAAAUCUCACCAAGCGCAUACAUGAUACUUCCCGUCGGCUGCGCUCACUCGCCGCCGAGCUCCGAUCCUGUAUCAGCGCGCACAGUGAGCGCCAGCAAGGUAUCAUCCAGCGACCCGGAUCCUUCGUGGGCCCCGUACCAGAAAUCUUCCCGGAUACCGGCCCGUCGCUGCUUCUAAGUGGAGCAGAAAAUAUGUUAGAGACGUUACAGCAGCUCUCCGACCGUCUUGAAGACCGAUUACGCUUUCAUUCCGUCGAGGAUCAUUCGCCGGAGUCGUAUGUCGUCACGCCAUCCAGCAUCGAUAGUGAAUACCCUAUAUCCCCUUUUUCCACGACGGCGAAGAACUUCGGCCUCCCCUUUCGCAUUCAUUCGGAGCUUGGACAGGGUCCAUCCAGGACCUCUGAUCCAAAUGAUCCCAGUGCUGUGAUCUGGUUAGAUCGCAUAGCGUCGUCGAUGGGUGCCCUCGGCGCAAAGGUCCUCCCGGGUGAUAGCUCGAGUGCUUCACUACAGCCGGAGAGCUCACCUCGAUUACUGGAGCCCCAAUAA